UGGAGGGGUGUGGAUGGAGGUGGAUAGAUGUACACAAGGAUGGAUAGGCAACGGGGCGGGUGGAUGUGGAGCUAGACGGGGUUAUGUGGCAAUUGAUACGUAUGGAGUAGAUGGCAGAAUGGAUGGAUGUGUGUAGGGAUGGCUAGACAGAGGGAAGUGGGGAGCUGGAUGGAUGUGGGGGGGGAUAGAUAGAAAGAGGCAUGUGGAGGGAUGGAAGGGUGUGUAUGGGAGGCUAGAGAGGUAUAUAUGGAGAUGGAUACAUAUGGCUGGGACGGAGUGAUGUAUAUGGCAGUUGGAGGGGGUGCAUAUGGGGCUGGAUACAGCAGCAUGAGGGAUGAAGGACCCUGCUCUCGCCCCAAUGACCAACGCCACCUUCAACGCCACCGCCCAGUCGGGUGCGCUGCCCCCAUUGCCCGGCGCCAAGCUGGGGCUGACCGUGCUCUCCUUGGCCUUCAUCCUGGGCUUCCCAGGCAACGUCUUCGUGGUGUGGAGCGCUCUCUGGCGUGUCCAGAAGCGCACGAUCACCUGCCUCCUCAUCCUCCACCUGGCCCUGGCCGACUGCGCCGUGCUGCUCACUUCCCCUUUCUUCCUUCGGCUCCUGAGCGCCGGGCAGUGGGAGUUCGGCUCCGUGGUCUGCCAGCUGUGCUACUAUGUUUGCGGUGUCAGCAUGUACGCCAGCAUCUCUCUCAUCACCCUCAUGAGCCUGGACCGCUGCUUAGCUGUCACUAAGCCUGUCAUCGCCCAGAAGAUCCGGACUGCCAUGGUGGUCAGGUCCUUGGUCUUGGCCAUCUGGAUGGUCUCUUUCCUCCUUGCCGUGCCGGUCAUUUUCUACCGCAAGCUGGUGCUUAGGGGCAGGCACCUUCUCUGCGACCUGUCCCAUCCCACCAUUGGCCACCUUGUUUUCCACAACCUUUUUGAGACCCUGACCGGCUUUGUGCUGCCCUUUGCUGCCAUCAUUUGGAGCUACUGCGUCAUCGGGCACAGGCUGCAGGACACCCGCUUCCGGAGGAAGCGUCGCACCAACCGGCUCAUUGUGCUGAUCGUGGCCGCCUUUGCCCUCUUCUGGCUGCCCUUCCACGUGGUGAACAUCCUAGACGUGGCUGGGGCGCUGAGCCACUCCAAGGGACUCAUCAUGGCCGGGAAGAUGGCCCGGCCCACCCUGACGGCCCUGGCUUUCUUCAGCAGCAGCGUCAACCCCAUCCUCUAUGCCUUCAGCGGUGCUGCCUUGAUCAAGUCGGCUGGCAUAGGCUUCAUGGCCAAGCUCUUUGAGGGGACGGCCUCAGAGAUGUCCAGCACGCGGCAGGGGACGGGGCAGACCACCCAGCGACGCGAGAAGGCCAAGUUGGAGAUGGUGCAGGAUGGGAACCCAGAGAGAAUCACCCUUGCCACCAACCCGCUGGAGUAGCCCUCGGCCAUGUGGGACAGGCACUCCGACAAUCCCACAGCAUCCACCAACACCCUGGACUAGCACUAGGGCACGUGGGACAGGAGCUGCAACAAUCCCACCGCAUCCACCAACACCCUGGACUAGCACUAGGGCACGUGGGACAGGAGCUGCAACAAUCCCACCUCAUCCACCAACACCCUGGGCUAGCCCUGGGGCCAUGUGGGAUGGGAACUCCCAAAAAUCCCACCUCAUCCAUCAACAUCCUGGGUUUGCCCUGUGUCUGUGUGGACAAGAAUAGGAAAAAUCUUCCUGGGAGGCCCAGAAGAUGAUGGUGCAAGGCCCCGCUGACUCCUUCAUGGAGUGAUGGUGAAACUAUCAAGAAUUUGCUGGGACAGUGCUCACGUGCUUCUUAUUUGGGGGUUGUCCUGGUCUGAACAACCUGCCUGCAACACCCAUUUUCCCUUCCUCACUGGCUGUGACUUUGUGGGGACAAACCCAGGCUCCAAUAUCUCCACCUUGACGCCACCAGGGACUGGCCCGGCUACACGAGGAGAAUAAUUAGACUUUGUGUAAAUGUGGAAAAGGGACUGAGGCCUGAAUGGGGGUAUAUGAUGUAGGGAGUGCAGGCGCUGCCAUUGGUGUGUGGAGAGGAAGUGGCCUGUGUGCUCAGGGGGCGGGGGAGUGAAAGUGGGAGGGGUAGAGAGCGGUUGCGGGACAGAGGCAGGUGGUGGGGGAAGAGGCGGCGAGAAACAGGGUGAGGGAUGGUGGGAACGCUGAGAGGCUGAGGCUGGGCGAGUCCGUGUCUUCAGGAAGUGCUUGAGGCUGCACUGACCCCACCCGAGAGCAGGGCCCCCGUUGUGCCAGGCGCUGCACAAACCCACGGUGAGACAGCCCCUGCGGCUAGGCACUUGCAGUCGAAAUGGGCAAAGACAGGAUUAUUAUCCCUAGUUUGCAAAUGGGGAAACUGAGGCACUGUGGGAGGUGCAGCGACUUGUCAAAGGUGAUAAUGGGAGUCUGUGGCAGAGCAAGGAACAGCAUGUGGGCGUCUAGGGACCCAGUCCAGGGGCCUGAACCACAGGACCUUCCUUCCCCAACUCUAUUGUCACAGCCAGAUACAAAGGGAAUCUGGGAUUUCACCAGGGAGCUUUCCUGUCUCCCAUCUGAGCUGCGGGGUUGGCUGCUCCCAGUGGCCAGCUAGGGCACUACAAGCCGUCGUUCCACAGUGAGGCGACUAGGAGCUCGGGCACCUGCUUAGAACCAGCGUAUUAAGUAUGUGAGUCAGCCCCGCUAGGGGGUGCCAGGCUGGCUCAGAGCCAGCCCCGACCGGCCGGGGGGACGACCGGCUGGCUUAGCGGGUGGGGAAUGGGACACAUGGCCUGUCCCCACUAGGGGGCGCUGGUCCAACCCAGCCCCUCAGCGGCCAAAUUCACCCUCUGUGUUAUUUUGCUUAAUUAAAGGAAAGUUUCUGUGUAGCCUGUUACCAGGGCUGGCCCAGGGAACCUGUGAAUCCUUCACGCCUGCCGUAGCCGCCUCGUUGGUUCCGCUGACCUCAGCCCUUAGCCCCACUAGCCCCUGCUGCUGCCCCCUGCUGGAGGAAAUGAGCCCUGCUGUGUGAUGUGUGUGUGUGUCCUGCUGCAGGGGAUCAGACCUGCACUGUGUAUGUGUGUCCCUGCCACCCCCUGCUUGGGGGAGUGGGGGGGAGGGGGAGAGGGACCUGCUCAGUGUGUGUGCGGCGAGUAACAAAUAGCCACAGAGACGCCGUUUACAAAUCAGUAAUGCUGUGUAUUCCUACAUGACCUUAAAUAGAAUAAUUACAGCCACAAACAACGACGUGAAAAGACCAUUACCAGAGUCAGUUUUGCACAGGCCCCUGAAUUUG